CAUUCCGCGCAGGCGCACUAAGCACACAGCAGGCACACAACCCCCCACCCCCUACUUUCCGGUCGCUCGGGUCUGUUGCGUCCGGGUGUCGGCUGGAAGAGCUGCGAUGGCACCACCGCUGCCGCUGUCCCCGCCACUUUGCACGCUGCCUCCGGGCCCCGGGCCGCCCCGCUUUGUGUGUUAUUGUGAGGGAGAGGGAAGCGGGGAUGGGGACUCUGGCGGCUUCAACCUCUAUGUGACUGACGCCGUAACGCUGUGGAGCACCUGCUUCACGCCGGACAGCCUGGCUGCCCUUAAAGCCCGUUUUGGCCUGCAUGCGGCUGAAGACAUCACUCCUCGGUUCAGGGCAGCCUGUGAGCAGCAAGCUGUGACUCUGACCCUGCAGGAGGACAGAGCAUCUCUGACCUUUUCAGGGGGCCCCUCAGCCCUGGCCUUUGACCUCUCCAAGGUGCCUGGCCCAGCAGCAGCCCCUAGGUUGCAGGCACUGACACUGGGCCUAGCAAAACGUGUGUUCAGCCUGGAGCAGCAGCUGGCAGCCACAGAAGACAUAGCUGCCAGCCCCAGGAAGAACCCCAGGCCUACAGGGCCGCAGCUUUUCUUGCCAGACCCAGAUCCCCAGAGAAGCAGCUCUGGACCUGGAGUUAGGAGACGGUGUCCAGGAGAGUCCCUCAUCAACCCUGGCUUCAAGAGGUAUCUGCCCACUGGCCCUUUCCUGUGCCUAUGGUCCAAGCCUGGACUCUUCCUUCCCUCCACACUCCAUAGUGUCACCCUCUUCUAUCCUAGUAAGAAACCAGCUGGUGGUGUAAACUUUGAUGAAACCUGAAGGCACAGCAAAAAUGUGGUUCUGCUGAGAGUCUGCCUGUUGGGGGGGGGGCAGCCUCCAAGGCCCCCUCCCGGGGAAAUCACCACCACCAGUUCCACCUGCCUGUUCUGCUUCUGGGAAGGAAUAAGGCAGCUCCUCAAGUCCCUUCCCCAACAAAUAAAUGCUCUCUCAGGUGGA